AUGGUCCCUGCUCCUUUCCUUGACCAGGACCGCUGUUUUGAGUGGUUUCUAGAAGAGGGUGCACGAGAGCUAGAGGCACUCCACAAGUGUGCGUCCCCCGUGCAAAACGCCAUUUUUGUUCAGCACACUUCUCCAAUUUCUGAUUCGUCUGCAGGGUCUGUGACUGUGGAACUAGGUGGAAGCAAGGUGGCGUGCUCCAUCACCCUCCAACUUGUAGAAGAAGGAAAUCCAGCUAUUGUGAUAGCGGUAGAUUGUGGUCCUUUAGCAGCACAUAAAGCCCUUGGGCGGCAGAUUCACGAAAUCCUCUCGAAAGUUUCUUUACACUUUGAGGAGCCGGCAGUGGAGACAGGGUGGUUACUUCAAUAUUCGGUUUCCUUGUCCUUGAUUGUUCCUGGCCCUUCCAACAUACCUGCCUUAGCAACUGCUUUCAGUGAAUGCUUUAAGGCUGCUACUAGACCUGCAGAUUUGUAUGCAGACCAGAGUCCUCGCGUCCCUAUUCUAGAUCCUUCCGUUGAGCCUCUUCUGGCAUCCCGCUUUACCUAUGUUUCUUCCAAGUCAGGUGUAAUCCAGAUCAGGAACCCAACGGUAACCCAGUCAAAGAUAUCUGCAGGUCACAUGGACAUAAUAAUGCAGGGUGAGUCUAUUUACUUUCUGGAUGCCUACAAUGUCCCUGCGGACAUGAUGAAGAGAUUCUUCCAACUUCUUAGACAGAGUUCCUAA